AUGACCACCAAAUUAUUAGAAGAAAAGUAUCGCGAAGCCAUUCGUUCUCUCUCCGUGUCCUGCAAGGAGAAUAUGCAAUGCAUUGACUGUAACAACACUCAAAAGAAAACUUCCUUCGUUGUCUUACAGUAUGGCAGUUUCAUUUGUGAAGAUUGUGCCGAUGCACAUCGAUUCUACGGCUCCCAAGGAGUCAAGCAAAUUGGUCUCUCCAAUUUCAACAAGGAAGAAGUAGAAACCAUGCAACGUGGAGGAGGUAAUCAGAAAGUACAACAAGUAUGGUACGGAGGACGUACCGAUCUUGUCAAGCCUAAUCCUAAAUUAUGUGGUUCCGAUAAGGAAUACAAGCAAAAGGUGCGAGAACAUAUUGAAAAGACCUAUGUUAAGCGUUUGUAUAGAGCCACGUCAUCAUCGGUUGAUAAUACUACUUUUCAAUCAUCAUCAAGUGGUGUUGGUACGAAUAACAACAACUCGACCACUCUCAAUCCCAACAACGCAUUAGGAGAGAACAUUCCCUAUAAUAAUGUUCAAUUCAACGGUGGAGGAAUUGAUACAAGAAAGAGAGGAACUGAUUUGAGUACCACUCAAUAUGCCAAUGUAAAAACCAAUACCUCAGCAACCAUUGUUCAUAGUUCUAAUAUUGCUGGAGUGAAUAAUCCGGUUUCGGGUGGUAACAGUAGCCAACAAACUGUUGUUGUUGUUAAUAAUAAUAACAAUAAUACGACAAGACCACCACAACAACAGCAACCACCACAAAUGAACAACAAUAACAUGAUGGUGAAUCAACCUCCAAUGAUGAACAAUCACAUGUAUGGUGGUAUGAAUAACAACAACAAUAUGGGAUUCAAUCAACCACCUCCAUCACAAGGAAAUUAUAACAUGAUGCCACAACCUUAUGGAGGUCAACCAAACAUGAAUAAUUUCAAUAAUCCGAUGGGAUACAAUCCAAAUCCUCCAAUGAACACUGGUAACAUGCCUUUCAAUAAUAAUUAUCCUCCAUAUGGAAACAAUAAUUUCAACAAUACGAAUCCUUAUGGUGGAAACAAUAAUAAUCCAAUGGGAGGAUUUGGAGGAUAUAACAACUAUAAUCCACCACCACCAAAUAAUAACAUGAUGCACUCUUAUAAUAAUUAUGGACAGCCUUCAUUCAACAACAACAACAACAUGAUGGGUCCUCCUCCACAAAUGAACAAUAAUAACAUGAUGGGAUACAACAAUAUGCCACCAAUGAAUAGCAACAUGAGCAAUAGUAACAUGAAUUAUAACAACAAUAUGAAUUACAAUACUGGAAGUACCAUGCCACAACACCAACCACCACAAAUGAAUAACACCACCAUGAUGAACCGACCUCCUCAACCACCAAGUAACAAUAAUUAUGUUGGCAACACUAGCAGUAUGUCUCCACCUUCAUCCUUUGGUACCACCACUACCAGUAGCAGCAAUUUUGGAAAUGUAAAUACUACUAGUCCUCCAAUCAGCAACAAUAUCAGUGGUAGUAGUCACAACAACAAUACCUCUUCUUCAUUUGGCACAACCAAUGUACCACCUCCACCAAAAGCAACAGCAAUGGUACAACCUCCAGUUUCAUCAAAGCCUCACACAACAACACCACAGGUAGUGAAUCCACCAACUUCUGGCUCAUUUGGCAAUACUACUACCACUACGGGCAGAAGUGGAAGCUUCAAAGGUAAUACCACUGCAAGUAGCACCUCCACAAGCCAACCACCAGUGAAUACCUCAAGCUUGGCCAAUCAAUUCAAUAAUUUGUCUUUAGGAUCUGGAGGCGCUUCAUCCACUUUGAAAACAAGCCCAAGAGGAACCACUAGCAGUACAACCACUCUUCCAAGCUCCACAACAACAACCUUGAAAACAAGUCCAAGAGGUAUCAAUACCCAAGGUACCUCUGGAACCAACGUUACCACAAACGCUCCAAAGGUUGUCACCACACAAUCCGGUGUUCUGGUUGGUACGACCAAAACCAUUGACUCUGCUGAAUUUGAGAAAACUCAAGCUGUGACAACUGGUACCUACAUGGACGACUUGCUCAAGAAGGCCAACCAAGAUAAUGGUCAAUUCAAGGAAAUUAAUCCAAGUAAGGUUGUUCCAAUGAAACAAACAACAGAGUGGCAAUAA